AUGGCGGAAGACACAGACAACAACCUGACUAUUCGGACGACUCCUCAUAUCCGGCUCAACUCGGGGCAUUAUGAGCCGUUCGUUGAUUUGGAAGAAGGAUCUCAAGAGCUGACUGAUCAGGCGCCAAACCGAUCUCAUCGAUCCGUUCAAUCAAUACAAUCUAUACAAUCCGUGCAAUCUCAUCACUCUCUGGUUGCCACAGAGCCUGCACUUCCAUCUCCACCGAUUAUAUCGCCUCCAAUUAUAUCACCGACUGAUUCUUCAGAGCUGCUUUUCCCUCCCCCUAGAAAAGUACGCUCACGAGGAAGUCCAGACCGUUCCACAUUGGCUUCUGCAAUUUCAUACCGACGGACCAGCUGGGAUUCGCACUCAGAAGCCGGCAGCCGUGACAGCCGUGUCUAUACUUUUGACCCAUUUGCAGAUUCCAGAAGCCCUUCUCGUGCUGAUAGCGAUGACGAAAAUGUCAACACACAAACAGUCUCGGAAAAGUAUAACAUUAUGCCGACAGAAAACUUGCUUUUGUUUCCCGAAGACGUCGAAAAAGAUGACUAUCUCCAUAACCCUGAUUCGGCCGACAGAGAGCGAGAGUGCGAUAUGUGUAACACGCGAGGUGUUUUCAAUAUCGGUGGGCUUGCUUUUUUAACGAUUGGUAUUGUCGCCUUGUUUAUAAUUUACCCGGUUACCACUUUUGUCGGAAGACUCAUCGAGCCACACAUCGACCCAUGCAGCAACGAUCCGUUAUGUUUACCCUAUGACAGGCCAUUACUUAAGAAUCUACGAACUGGACUAAUAGACCCAACAACUCCAGAGUCAGCAAUGACGAAGACAUCAACUGAUGGAACGGAGUGGAAAUUAGUUUUUUCCGACGAAUUCAAUGACCCUGGUAGAACAUUUUACGAUGGGGACGAUCCCUUUUUCCAAGCCGUAGACUUGUGGUACGGAGUGACACAAGAUCUCGAGUGGUACGACCCUGACGCAAUCACAACCAAGGACGGUGUCUUGGAGAUUCGAUUUGAUUCUUUCAACAACCAUAAUCUUCACUAUCGCUCUGGCAUGUUACAGUCUUGGAAUAAGAUGUGCUUUUCAGGCGGUCGAUUGGAAGCCAGUAUAUCACUUCCUGGACAGGGCGACAUAUCUGGAUUUUGGCCGGGAUUCUGGGCUAUGGGAAAUCUUGGCCGUGCAGGAUACGCCGCAACAACUGAUGGAAUGUGGCCGUAUAGCUACCAUGAUAAAUGUGACGUUGGGAUCACGCCCAACCAAAGCUCUCCAGAUGGGCUAAGCUAUCUACCUGGCAUGAGACUUCCUGCGUGUUCGUGUCCGGGAACUGAUCAUCCAUCGCCGGGAAAGUCACGAGGAGCACCUGAAAUUGAUGUUAUUGAAGCCAGUGUGACCGUUUUGGACCAGCUGGAGAAUCGUAUUGGCGUUGUAUCCCAGAGUUUGCAACUUGCACCAUACGAUAUUUGGUAUAUGCCAAAUUACGAUUUUACGGCGGUAUACGACCCUAGGAUCACUUCCAUCAACAGCUACCGCGGAGGUCCGUUUCAGGAAGUAGCAUCAGGAUUAACAAACCUAAACAAUGACUGGUAUAAUGGGAAACAGUAUCAAAUUUACGCGUUUGAGUACACUCCAGGCGCUGAAGGUGAUGUUACAUGGUUUGUCGGUAGUGACAAAACGUGGACAAUGGACGCUCGAGCAGUCGGACCUAAUGGGAAUAUCGGCCAGCGAGUUAUCCCUAUGGAGCCCAUGUACCCAAUUCUAAAUUUCGGUAUCUCGCCUACUUUUGCAAUGAUAAACUGGACUUCACUAGCCACGACCUUUCCCGCUGUUAUGCGUGUUGACUACGUACGGAUCUAUCAGGACCCGAACAAUAUCAGCAUUACUUGUGACCCUGAAGGAUAUCCUACUACUGAGUACAUCAAAAAUCACCCGGAGCCCUAUCAUAAUCCUAAUUUGACAUUCUGGUCUGAUGCGUACGACUGGCCUGAAAAUUCGUUUGUCCACGGAUGCCAAAACUAGACUUCUCUUUAUAAAGGGGGGUCUUUUACCCAAUUCUAUCCUACCGUCAACUAAAUCGCUAGAUAUACAUCGAAAUGUCGAUUGACAGGUUUCUCAAACUCGAUAGAUUUCUUAUUUCUAACUCCUUGCUUGCGGCUCCCAAGUGCUUUGUGCGAAUCUUGAUCAGCGGCAUUGAGUUUUGGCGUUGGAGGUGCUUCUGUCAUCUUGUAUACAUAUGUGCGGACGAAAGAAAUAACGAAGUAACAAUUCCUUCGUUCAUAUCGUGCACC